UGGCAACCUGAAAGUUGGACGAUGAGUGGCCAGAUGUUUGACCACCACUUCCUUAUUUACAGUGGGAUUUUUUUCCCUUUGGACAUAUAGGCUCUUCCCUCAAAUAUUAAUAAAUAACUCUCUUUUUCCAUUCUGUUUAAUAAUUUUUGCAGACCUGACGUCACUUUCCGCUGACCGUUAUUUUUUAUGGGAAGAGCAAAGUACAUUUGUUGCAUAACCUGUAACGCAAUGAUGUCCAGCGACUGUAAGUUUGUCUUUUUAACCACUUUAGUUAUUUUAUAUUCGUGCUUUUUUGGCGUGAACUCAUUGGAUGUUUUCAGUAUCCCCACAAUCGCCAAAUACUUCAGCACCAAGGGGAGGUACGAGGAAGUGAACCCGCAUCUCAUAGAGGACAUUCUGGCCGUAAACACAUCUAUUAUUCGGCCUCCUUCUCCCCAGUGUCGCGAAAUCACCGCCAUAAUCAGACAUGGCACCAGAUACCCCACGAGCAAAAACGUCUUAAAGAUGCUCGAGUUUUACGACAUAGUCAGAAAGUCCGCGGCCACUUCAGGGGACGAGGGCUGGUUGCGUGAGAUCCGAGAGGAGUGGACCAUGUGGUACACGGAGGACAUGGACGGCCGGCUCGUGCAGAAGGGGAUGGAGGACCACAGGCAUUUGGCGGUGAGACUGUCCAAACUGUUCCCCAGGCUCAUAUCAGAGGAGAAACUCAGAGGAGGGCUCAUCAAGUUCAUCACAAGCUCCAAGCAUAGGUGUGUUAACAGCACCCUGUCCUUCAAGAGGGGACUGACUGAGCUCUGGGGCAUCAAAGACAUGGAGUUUGACCACACGGUGAAUGAUGCUCUUAUGCGUUUUUUCGACCAGUGCACUAAGUUUCUGCAGGAAGUGAGCGACAACCCCUCAGCUUUGUCUGAAAUGGAUGAGUUCAAUGACGGGCCAGAGAUGAUGAGAGUCCGGGAGAAGAUUGCAGAUCGCCUGGGAGUGCCCUAUAGUCACAUUACACAUGAUUCAUCUGAGGCGGCCUUUUACUUGUGUGCCUAUGAAUUUGCCAUCAAAACUGUCAACUCACCCUGGUGUCAGCUUUUUGAUGAAGUCGAUGCACAGGUUAUGGAGUAUUCUAAUGACUUGAAGCAGUUCUGGAAAAGGGCCUACGGCUACGACAUCAACAGCAAAUCCAGCUGUAUUCUCUUCCAUGACGUGUUCAGUCGACUGGACAAGGCAGCCAAUGAAAACCAACGUGGUUCUCCAGUGACUGAAGCUGUGACUAUCCAGAUUGGCCAUGCUGAGACUCUCUUACCUCUCCUUACAUUACUGGGCUUCUUUAAGGACAGUGAACCUCUCAAAUCUGAAAACUACGCCUCUCAAGCCAAACGCUCUUUCCGCACUAGCCAUAUGCUACCGUACGCUGCUAACCUGGUUCUGGUGCUGUAUGACUGUGGAGAAGGGGAGCUCAGACUGCAGCCGCUGCUCAAUGAAAAGACUGUGGUGUUUCCAGGUUUGAGUGACACCCAGAGCUCAAUGCCUCUGUAUGCAGAUGUGAAGGAGAAAUACAAGGAGCUGCUGCAGGGGUGUGACUUUGAGACAGAGUGUCAACUGUUUGAAUAAAAGAAGAAGAAAUAAGACUAUAAGUGUGAAAUAUCUACAAAGUCUCACACUGAUAUUGGACACCAUGUUUUGCUUUGUUUUUAAUUGAGAAAAUGUCCUAUUUGUAAAAUAAAAUAAUUUUGCCACUCUCAAAAA